AUGUCUCCAAAUCACAAUUUACUGAUAAUGAACGAAAAUACUCAUGAAAUUAGAAUGGAAGAUUAUGACAUAAAUCCCAUAACUGGGUUUCUUCCCCUUAUGCCUCCUCUAAGGACUCUUCCUGAUGAAUAUUACGAACCUUGGGAAUUUAUAAUAGAAAAUUUUCAUGAAUUGAUGCUAGCAGGAAGAUUCAGAACUUCCGUUGAUAAUAUGCCUCUCUUGACUGUUGACCGUCUUAAAACACCAGCCGAAUAUCAUCGAGCAUUCUUGGUGUUAUCUUUCCUAUCACACGGAUAUGUGUGGGGAAACAUGAAUGAUAUAUCUGACGUGAUAUCAGAUUAUCUUGGAGUUGCACCUGUCGCUAAUCAUGCAGCUGUUGUAUUAUGGAAUUGGCGACUUAUUUUUCCUGAUGAACCAUUCAGACAUGGAGGAAGUGCAUUAUCCUCUAUAAUUUCUGCCGUCAAUGCUUCUAAUGUUGGAAAUAAUAAUCAAUUACUUAAAUCUCUUAAAGGAAUUAGCUCAAUUAUUGAAAGUAUUAAUUUAACUCUACAAAGAAUGUAUGAAAAAUGUGAUCCUUAUGUCUUUUAUUGGAAAGUACGACCUUAUCUUUCUGGAUGGGAAAAUGAAGAUCGAUUACCAGAUGGUUUAAUUUAUGAAGGAGUAGACGGUAAUGAUAAACAUGGAAAUCCUAUUUAUCGAAAAUAUAUAGGAGGUAGUGCUGGUCAAAGUGCAUUAAUUCAAGCAUUGGACAUUCUACUUCAAAUUGAACAUUUUUCUACUUGUUUUAUUAAACCGAAAGUUAAUAAAGUCGAUGAAGUAAAUGUCGAUAAAGUAAAUAAAGAUAAUGGUGUCAAUAAAGAUAAUGGAGUAAAUGGAAGCAAUAAAGUUAAUGGAUUCAAUAAAGUUAAUGGAUGCAAUAAUAGUGGCGAUCAAUCAUCACGCGAAGGGCAAUAUCAUAUGGGAAAUGAAUAUAAUAAAGCACCCCAAGUCAAUAUAUAUCUUGCUAAAAUAGCUAACAUUCGUAAUUACAUUAUUUCGAAUAUUGGUUAUGAUUCAGGCGAAGAUGAAGAAAUCAAUAAUUUAAUUAAAGCGUAUAACGAAUGUCUGGUUCAAAUGAAGAAUUUUAGAAGUUUACAUUUACAAAUUGUUUCCGUUUAUAUAGUAAUUCAAGCAAAUCGAAAUAAAACUGUUCUUCCGAUUAAAAAAGAAAUUAUCACAAAAAAUCAUACAACGGAACCCAUUAAAAUUACUAAACCUUCUGUUAUGGAUUCAAUUAAAGGCACUGGGGGGACGAAUUUGAUCCCAUUCUUAAAGCAAAUGAGAGAUGAAACAAUAGCUCAAGAAAUUCCGAAUAAAUAUAAUUAG